ACAAGGAAUUCAACUCAGAUCAGAGGUUCAGACUCUAACCCGUAAAGUGCUAAGUUUUAAAAAUGAGAAGAAUAAGUAAAUAAAAUUGAAAAGUUGGAAGAAGAAAAUCAGAAAUUAAAAUAAAGAAAAAUCUCAACAAAAAUUAGAGUAUGAAGGACAAAUAGAAAAAGUUAAGAGAAAGUUGAACUCAGCAAUGAAAUACAUUAGUUCGAUGCCAGAGGGCAAUAUGAAAAAUCAAAGAAUUUCAAAUACAGAUAGCAAGAAAACCAACUGCCAAGAUUUUGAAUUACUACAAGAGAAAACCGAUCUAGAGAAUAAAGUAAAAAAUUUGGAAGCAAAAUGAAAAAAAUACAAGAAAAAAUCAGAUAUUUUAAAGCUGAAAGCUCAAGAAGUUUUGGAAAAAUUUAGAGAUUUAGAAAAACAAAGUUUAGGAAUUAUGUCUAGUUCAAAAACUACAAGCAGGUGUUCAAAAUGUCAUGAUUCAAAUAUGCAUUCAUCAUUUGGACGUUCUCCAGUGACUUCGAACCUAAAGUCGCCUUCUUUUGACUUAACGCUAACCUCCCCACAAGAAAAAUUGUAUGAAACUUCUGUGGAAAAGGUCCAGGAAAGAACGCCACUUAGUCAAAUAAAGGAAGAAGGCUCAAGCCAGCACCAGGAAGAAGAGAUAGAAUUCAACGUAUACGACUACACUAAGCAGAAAGGCUCUUGUGAGGAUAAUGAUACUGCUGAGUUUGGAGAUGACGAUAUUGGCCAGCAGGAAAUUAGGCAGAACUUCAAGGAUUUACAAGAUCUUCAGUGUAAGGGAGACUUAAAGGACGGGGAUCAGAAGAAGGCAUGGCAACUAUCUGACAGUGAUAGUAGUGAGAUAGAAGAGAUUGUUGUUGAGGAAAGAGAGACACUGAUCGAGGAAAGCAAGUUAAACGAUGGGAGACAAACUGAGACUCUUUAUGAGGAGUAUGAUUUUAGUUCAGAUAAGGAAAAUGAGGAUAUAAAUUACUCUCAAAAAUUGUGAAACAAAGAAUGAAAGAGGACUCUAAAGGAGAUUGAUAUUAACAAACAAUCCAGUUUAUCACUCCAUCCAAGCAGCCUAACGUAUAAACUUCAAUCAUACUUGAGUCCGUGCACUUCUCCAAACCCUUCUCAACAAAUUUCUCCUUCACUACACGACCCACUAUUAUUUCCAGGAUCUAGCUCAAUAGACCCAUGUGAUCCUGUCAAGCCGGGUAUUUUUAGAUGCAGUCAAAAUAAGGCUUCUCCUUUUUAUCAGAAAGCUCAAAAGGUAUCCCCUUGCCAAUUGGAUUCAGAAUUCAAUCAGACAACUUCUAAUUUCACUUACAAGUCUCCUAGCAAUUACUCAUACUUCAACGAGUUCAAGUCCUGCGACAAAAUGGAACUAGAAGUCUCAGAAUGCUCUUCAAGCGAGUACUAG